AUGAAUAUCACCAUUACGUAUGAUAACUCCGACGAUGUUUUGGGUCCAUUCGAAUUGAGCAAGGACAUGUCAUUGAUGGAUCUCUUCGCAUUAAUUGAUUUCAACAAAGACAAACAAACAAUAUUCCAUAAUAUGAAGGAGCUAGACCUCAGCGAUACAAAUCUUACACUGGAGCAAGUUGGUUUCCAGGAUAAUGACAUGCUUUUAAUCAAAAACAAGAGCUUUUCUACUCCUACUCAGGAAUCUGGUAUGUCUGACGAACAGUACAUAGAACAGUUUAGGUUAUUCCUAUUAGAAAACCCACACAUGGGCCAAGAGAUGGGGUUACCUAAUAUGCAACCAUUGAUCAACAACAAAGAGCAAUUCCACCAGCUCUUGGGACCUGCUUUAUUAGCAAGAAGAAGCGAAACGGAACGUAACAACCCAUUUGGAAUCUCGAACUCGGAAUACACAAGGUUGAUGAGCAACCCUGACGAUCCUGCAAAUCAAGCGAAGAUAGCUGAAUUAAUCAACCAACGAGAGAUUGAUGAGCAGCUUAAAUAUGCUAUGGAGUAUACCCCGGAGGCGUUUACCCAGGUGUCAAUGUUGUAUAUUAAAUUAGAGAUUAACGGACAUCCAGUCAAGGCAUUUGUUGAUUCCGGCGCUCAACAGACUAUUAUGUCUACGAAAUUAGCUGAGAGAACAGGACUUACAUCAUUGAUUGACAAGAGAUUCAGUGGAAUUGCACAAGGUGUUGGAACCGGUAAAAUUCUCGGAAGGGUCCAUACCACCCAGAUUAAGAUUCAUGACGUUUUUUUACCUUGUAGUUUCACUGUUCUAGACACUCCAAUGGAAAUGUUAUUGGGAUUAGAUAUGUUGAGAAGGCACCAGGCAUGUAUUGACUUGAAGAAUAAUGUGUUAAAGAUAUCAGAUGUGGAAACCCCCUUUUUACCAGAGUCCGAAAUUCCAAAGGACUCCCCACUUCAAGCCAUGACAACUCCUGCUGCAGAUGAGGUUAGAAAUGCUGCACUGAAAAGACAGGCUCAGAACUCUGCUUCUAAAACCUCCAAUGCAGAAGGUGAUCAAUCGACCUCGAAACUGCCAAAGGUAAGCCCUACUGUAACGAAUGCUAGUGGAACACCAAUUAAUCCUUCUAAAGAAUUUCCAGAAGAGCAUAUUAAACAACUAGUUGAUCUUGGCUUCUCGAGAAGAGAAGCGAUUGACGCAUUGGAAAAGACUGGUGGAAAUGUUGAUUAUGCUGCCUCUUUACUAUUCCAGUAG